ACCCCCCCCCCCCUUUUCCCUGCCUCCCGCCUUCAGUCCUCGCUUGCUUGCUUUCCCUCCCUCUUCCAUAAGGCAAACAUUUCCGCUGCUGGCAAGAGAGAGAGAGACAGAGAGAGAGCAAGAGCCGGGUCUGCAGGGAAGGAAGGAGGGAGGGAGGCGAGGAUGGGCGCCGAGGUCAAGAGCGCCAGAGCGCAAGGCCGGCGGAGCAGCCAGAGUAGCGGGCAGCCUCGGCGGGGCUCCCACUUCACUUCCACGAAGCCUUGCCUGGGCUGAAUGCCAGGCCCCGGGGAGAGAGGAGGCCGCCGAGUCCGGAGCAGGAGACAGAGAAGCAAGCAAGCAAGCAAGGAAGGGGAGCCUCGCUGCAUUACUCGGAGGAAGAGCUUUGUUUUUAUUAUCCCGAGCCUUUCUUACAAGCAACAAGAGAAGCGAAGCCGCACAAGGAAAGGGAUUGAGAGGAACUGAUCACGCUGGCCGGGUUGUGAAGGUGAGGAGGCGCCUUCCCGGCUUCUUAUUAUUAUUAUUGUUUCCAAGUGAAGGUGAAUGGAAAUGGACUAAGAUAUUCCUCUAAAAGGGUCUCUUUUUUAUUAUUGUUAUGGUUCUUCCUCAGCGAGGCUAAGAGGAGAGGGAUUGCAAUGAACUGAAACGCCAGGCGGGUGGCGAAGGUGAGGAGGCGCCUUCCCGCCGCCUUGAAGCCCUUCCUUCCCCGCUCUCUCUCUGGGGCGCGCACACGCGUGGGCCGGGCGCGCGCCCGCUCUCCUCUCCUCCCCCUCCCCACAUGCAGACCCGCUCUCGGGGGGCCCCUCCUGCGAUGGCCGUCUCGGUGAUCCAAGCGUGCCGCAGCCUGGCCCUCUCAACAUGGCUGCUCUCCUUUUGUUUCGUGCAUCUCCUCUGCCUGGACUUCACGGUGGCCGAGAAGGAGGAGUGGUACACGGCCUUCGUGAACAUCACCUACGCGGACCCGGGGGGCGCGGGCGGCGGGGGAGGCGCGGAGCUGCGGAGCGAGAAGACGGAGUGCGGGCGCUACGGGGACCAGUCGCCCAAGCACGACGUCUGGGGGCCCGUGGCCAUGGCGGCGGCGCCCAGCGAGCGGCAGGCCUGCGACCCCAACGCCCGCUUCGCCGGACCCGGGCCCGGCAAGGUCUGGGUGGCGCUCAUCCCCAAAGGGAACUGCACCUUCAAGGAGAAGGUCCGCCACGCCGCCGCCCAGAACGCCUCCGCCGUGGUCAUCUACAACGUGGGCGCCAGCAACGCCAACGAGACCACCACCAUGCCCCCCGCCGGUAAAGGAAGCCCUCUGAAUCCAUUUCAAAAUGGUAUAGAAGAUGUGGUAGCAAUAAUGAUCCCUGAACCAAAGGGAAAAGAGAUUGUGAGUCUGCUGGAACGCAAUAUUACUGUGAUGAUGCACAUAACCAUUGGAACCCGAAACCUGCAGAAGUACGUUAGUCGCACCUCUGUGGUGUUUGUCUCCAUCUCUUUCAUUGUGCUGAUGAUCAUUUCACUGGCAUGGCUGGUCUUCUACUAUAUUCAGAGGUUCAGAUACGCAAAUGCCAGAGACAGAAACCAGCGCCGUCUUGGAGAUGCAGCAAAAAAAGCAAUCAGCAAACUGCAGGUCAGAACAAUAAGAAAAGGAGAUAAGGAAACCGAGCCUGAUUUUGAUAACUGUGCAGUGUGUAUUGAAGGUUACAAACCAAAUGAUGUUGUCAGGAUCCUGCCCUGCAGGCACCUCUUUCAUAAAUCUUGCGUAGAUCCAUGGCUACUAGACCAUCGUACCUGCCCCAUGUGUAAAAUGAACAUCUUAAAAGCACUAGGGAUUCCGCCAAAUGCAGAUUGUGUGGAUGAUAUCCCUCCAGACUUUGAAGCUUCUAUAGGAGGGCCACCAACAAAUCAAAUUACAGGAGCUAGUGACAUAACUGUGAAUGAGAGCUCUGUAACAUUGGAUCCCCCUGUCCGGACAGUAGGGGUAUUACAAGUCAUCCAGGAUGCAGAUCCUCUUCCACAGACGGGGGAAAGUAACCUCACCACAAGUAGUGAGCAGGAGCCUGCGGUUAGUAGUGAUUCAGAUAUUUCAUUGAUUAUGGCAAUGGAAGUUGGACUCUCUGAUGUGGAGCUUUCCACUGACCAAGACUGUGAAGAGGUGAAAUCCUGAAAAAACAAAUCAAAAGACCCUUCCACUGAACUAAAGGGCAGCAACAGGGAGGGAAAGGAACGAACUGUCAACUCUGUAAGAUUUGGACCAGUUGUGUACACAUGCAUACCCAUAUACACAUGUACACACAACGCACGUACCCAUAUACACACAUCUGGAAUAUUUUGCAACGUCUAGUGCACUCCAUUCAAGGCUGGUCAUGAAAAGCAAUAGUGAAAGAUGUGUCUGCCUGGAUGCCAGUUGAUCAACUACGUGUGUUCUUUCCAUUGACAUUGGACGGCGAAAUCAAACUUUUUUCUAAUACAUGCAUCAGAAGGAUUAGGGGCUCAGAACUUUGUAACUGAAAAGACAGACUAAGUGUUUUCUACCUUCAAUUGUUUUUUAAUAACCCAGAAAUAUCAUAAUGUGAUUAUUUAUGGUACAUGACCGACAUUUUUCCCCCCGGUUCACCCAGCUCCUUCAAGAGUACAACUCAGAUAUCUGAAAACGAAGAUGUUCCAUGAGGAUUUAUGAAUGGCUAGUUUCUCCUACAUAGAGGAAGCAUGACUCCAAGAUCAAAAUGCUUCAGGGCUGUGCAUUGGUCUGAAGCCUUUUUCAUUAAAGUAUUAAUGGAGCUUGGAGAGCUAUGCUUCCAGGGUCUCCCAGCCAAGAGAAGGGAGAGUGAAUUUAGUGAGGUUGGUGAUUUACUUCUCAACUGUGUUGAAUAUCAUGACAGCCAUGAGAUUAAAAUUUAGCUAGUUCUUGCAGUCCUUUGCUAUGUUUCUUAAGUCAAUGCAGACUUUCCAUUUCCUAACAACCUUCCCCUAUUGUUUUCAAAUUAUUGUAGAUCCACUAAAAAUGCCGGUAGUUCCGGCCAUCAGACAACUAGGUAAAGAGUUUGUUGAAAGUGUUUUUAACUGGAGGGAAAAGACCAAAAAUAGCCAGGUUCCAGUGGUGUUUCUUUGAAAGGAAGUUACAAAUGGACUGAGAGUGUGUUUUAUGCAAGAUCUGUAUUGAAUUUUCCUUUAUCACCCAGUACCUUACCUCACCCAAGUUCACUCAUAUUUCAUCUAUUCACAACCAAUGCAGUUUCCAAGGUCUUCACAGUCCUUUUGAGUUAGUAAACAAAAGGACAUUCAGAAACAUGUACUGCGAUAUCUGUAUAUCUGUCCUCAUAAUUUUGGAUGAAUGGCCAAUAAUCCAAUUCAGAUAAAUGACUUAUGUUCACAAGUGACAGCAAAUGUGGGUAAAAGCUCAAAUACUUUCCUCCAUGGUUCCAAAUCAUGUGAAAACAGGGGGCUGCAUAUUCACAUUCACAAUGCACUUACGGGGGAGGGGGGGGAGUCAAAAACACUUUUGCUGGCAUAUGUGAAAUACACUCUUAAAAGGUGGAUUUUUUUUCUUGUUCAUGUUCUUGGAUUCCUUUUGGAUGUCACUGUAAUGGUUGGGGGGAGAAAAAGAAAAGAUUCAUCCACUGUCAUAUUUGUUUUUAAUUUUAUUUUAUUAAAGAAAUUCCAUUGUGAUAAGACAAAAGAAUACAAUGUAGAGAAACUCAACAUAAGCUUUGGGUGAGAUAUUACAGAUUUCUUUGGCAUAUUUAGGAUGCCAAAUACUCAGAAGUUGGAUGAAAGAGUUCAUUUUCUCAUGGUAGAAAGAAGAAGUCACAAGAUGCUGAUGAAAUCUCCUAUUUUGAUAGGAGGGAAGAAGUGAAAAUCACGUAUAUAUUUCCAAAGUUCAGCCUGUCAUAUUUUUAAAUCUUAAUAGAAUACUGAGCAUUCAGAAGUCAGUUCACUCACAGAUAUACGUGUUCUUCCUGGAGGAUAAAAUGGUCAAAAGGGGUGCCAUUAGCUGCUGGAAUUCAAACAAUCUUGCAUUAUGCUGUAGCUUCAGGGCAUGUUUCUAUUUAUGCACAUUAGUGGGAGCAGGAAAAUGUUGUAUUCCACUCAAAAUGUUCAAGUGUUAAAGAGGACUUUUCAGCUUAUUGCUCUUGUAAAAGGGUAAGCCAAUACUCCAGACAAUAAGUACAGCCAUUUAAAUCACUAUUGGAUAUUUUUUUGUGUGUCAGGGGUGACUUGAGAAACUGCAAGUCGCUUCUGGUGUGAGAGAAUUGGCCGUCUGCAAGGACGUUGCCCAGGGGAUGCCCGAAUAUUUAAUGUUUUACCAUCCUUGUAGGAGGCUUCUCUCAUGUCCCCGGACAGGGAGCUAGAGCUGACAGAGGGAGCUCUCCCUCUCUUCCUGGAUUUGAACCACCGACCUGUCAGUCAUCAGUCUUGCAGGCACAAGGGUUUAACCCACGGCACCACCAGGGCUCCACUACUGGAUAAAUUAAUGAAACAGGUUGAGCUAAGUAUUCAGUAGAAAUGGACUCUUGUCUUUUCUUGUAUUUACUGCAAUACUAUAAGAAGUUAUUCAAAUACUACCAACCAAACUCACUGAAAGAACCUUUUUUCUUCUCUUUUUUUCCCCCUCCCCAAAAAUGUUUGUAUUGCCACCUUAAUUGUUUAAUAGAAAACCAUAGUUUUCCCAGUUUGGUGUAAAAUGAGAAAUCUGAACAUUUGAGAAAAAGAGCUCAUUACCAAUAUCUCAUAUCUCAAAUGCCAGGACUUAGAAAUCCUGCUUGAUCAGUUGUAAUUACAGUAUUCCUUUUGGGGGACAGAGAGCAACAACAGAAAAACACUGGUGAAAUAGUCAUAGAACCUACUAUCGUCUCUUCUUUUCCAGAAUGCCUCUGGGUUCUAAUGCAUGUUGGCCAUUGUCACCUGGCCUGGUUAGUUUAGUGAAUGCCAUACCAACAAUGGGUAGCAGUAAACAGCUGGCACGGAGGAAUGCUGGACAUAGUGGCUGCAGCGGUUACAUUUUAACAGGGAUUUGCCUGGGGGAAGUGGAGAACAGAGGGCAUCUUCUUUAGGGCCUCAUCAGACCUGACACCAUGAUUCAAGCAGAUUGGAAAAUGAGCUGGCAAAGUUUAUUCAUGUUGUGCCAAACCAAGAUUGGGGUUACAUCUAAACCAUUGCUAAGUGUUACUAGACCCAUACCACCCCCAGAUGUAGCAUUGCUUUCAGUGCUGCCGUGCUUUGAAAAAUCAUACUGCCCAUGCAUAUGAAUGCUAAUGAAGAAGAGGGGACACUUUAAACGUCUUCUUAUUCUGCCAAGUCCAUUUAAAUUAUAUCAAUAUUCUGUAAAUGUGUCCAACUGUCAAUUUAUGUUUGUUGCUGUCCAGGGCAGAGUCAAACAAGGAAAGGCCAAGCCAUUAACCAAUACCUUUUUCUUCCCUAUAUAUUUUACAUAAGACAAACUGAAUUUCACCAAGGAAUUUGAGUGCAGGAAGUCCUCAAGUUACGAACAAAAUACAUUCCAUAGGUUUGUUCUUAAACUGAAUUUGUAUGUAAGAUUUCAGCUCACUUUCUGUCCCUAUGAUAAUUGAAUUUUGAAAAAUGUGGCUUGUUGUAGAAACAAGGAUUGGUGAUAAAUACCUUUCCCCCAUGAUAUCUCUUUUCAGGAAUGAAUUUCCCUUCCUGGGGAUAGAUUUCUCUCACUUCCUGUUGUCUCAGCCCCAUUCUUAACUGUGAACCACCUAUACAUGGCAUUGAAAUGUAUGCUGAAACACAAACUUUCCCACCCAAAGCACAAUAUCCAUUUGGUAGACGGCAACCCUCAGAAGCACACAGACACAAAUAUUUUUCAGAACUGGUGAAAUAGUCCACAUGAGUAGAGCAUGACCCUUUCUACCUGCUCUUCUUUGCAGCUCCACAAGUGUUUCCCCACCAGCCCUAGUUACCUUCUUUUUUUCAGAUAGCUAGACAUGUCUCAAAGUAAAGCAGUGGUCUAGAACUAUUUUAAUUUCCCCCAAAUCCUUCUAGCACCCAUGUGUUCCAGUUUUCCUAGCAGCAGCUUCAGUUUUCAAGGAUUGUUACCAUGGCAUGUUGGAAAUAUCUAGCAGUUAGCCUUUUGCAGAAAGAAGAGCUUGGGCAACAGAAGCCAUUUCCGUGUCAAAAAUACCCACUCCCAGCACCACAUUCAGUAGAUUUCUGCAUAUAACUUUUGAAAAGGGGUGACGGACCAUUCCUAUAUUGCAUGUGCUUAAAUGUUUAUGUUUAAUUAGGAGGUGACACAGGAUAGUCCCAGCUCUUUGGAGCCAUACUUCAAAGAGGGGUUCCCAUACAGCCUGGUUGUUUCUAGUGCUUUGUAGCUUGCACCAAUAUACCUAUUGCAAGAUUGCCAUUUGUUUUUGCUGCACCAAAUAUGUUGUGCUCAAUUAUGUCCUUGUUAUAACAGCUUAUGAACUGAGCAACUCUGGCACCUAGCAAUGCUGAGCCGAUGAUGGUCAAACACAUAUUGUGAUGCUGUAUUAAUAUCGCCUACUCCUGCUUCUAUUCCUUUUUAAAUCCCUAUUCCAUACUGUCUGCAGCUUUCACUACCUCUGCUAUAUCAUUUCAAAUUGUGGAGGCUGUUAAUUGGAGCAUGCAGUAACAGUGUCCACGUGGCCAUGCCAACAUGCUAGCGUGAGUUGUGGCACUGUACCAAAGCUGUAGUCCUUUCAGAUGACCCUAUCUAUUUGAUGAUGCAGAGAUGAAGAUAGGGAAAAAAGUCUAAAGGUCCAGUCCUAACCAACAGAUUCAGCCAGCCUCAGAAUUUCCCAAUGCUGUAUUUGUUUGAAGGGAUGUAUAGAAUCUCAAAUAUUAUUUGAGAUUCUAUACAUUAUUUUGACAAUCUCGUCUUUAGGACUCUGUCUCAUACCAAUUCAGACUCUUCAGUCCUUUAUUCCAGCAUUAGUUUCUCUUCUUGUUAAUGGCUCUCUGGGAUUUUAGGCAGAAAUCCUUCAUGUUACUACUUGCCUGAUCCUUGAAGUGGAGAUACCAAGGAUGGAAUCUAAAAUUGUCCACAUUGAAAGCAUGUAUGUAUUACCACUAAGCUAUGGCCUUUGAGUGUAUGUUCUAGAAGGAUUGAUAUAGAGCAUAAUAGAGUGGCAUAGAAAAUCAGUGAAAAUUUACCCUUUAUGUUUGACUUUAAAGAUUCUGCAUACACCAAAGUAAACUUCUUCCAUACUAGGGAUUUGAUUUGGGUGCCAUAGAGAUUAUAAAACUAGAAUGAGAAAUCUAUGGUUUGAAUGGUCUGAGAGUGAUUCAAGGAGUCUACUGGCAAUUUUAUUAUGGUGUUGUAUAGAUACUUCAGCUUUAGCAAUCGGAAGGACCAGAUUGUUUUGGAAAGUGUUUAGAACUGAUGUAGAAGUCAACGAGGAAGUCCUCAUUGGCAAGCCAUCCGCUUUUCUGGCACCAAGUCUUCCCCUAUGGCAUCAAAAGUCAUAGAAAACAAAACAUCGUGUUAUGUGCACAGACUGGGACAGGGUGGGAUGCGGUGGCAGUCUGGGUGUUAUAAUCCAAAAAGUGAACUUUUCCAAACUCAGUUAUGUGUUCUGAGCCAGGUCUACCUGAGGGGGGGGGGGAGCUUUUGGCAUUACCUGUUGGAGGGACAUACUUUGAGAUGUUGGAGAACAGGCUGUGUGUGCCACAUAGCCCAUCUUGCACAACUGAGCUUAUUGCUCUUGGAUAAAAUAGACAACAGAAUCCCAUCACCAGUGCUAAAUUAAGGUUCAGUAACCAGUAUGGUUAGCUUUCAAACAUGGCAUAUAGGAGAGGCAUUCAUCUUUCCUUGGAGGGCAUCCUCAAGAGGUUGUGAAGAUGCCUGCCACAAAUGUCGGGAUUGAAAGCUUCUGGAACAUGGCCUUGCAGUCUGAAAGACUCACCCUUGGAAAAGUUGCUUUUUUGACCACGUUUCCCAGUAUCCCCAAUGCUGACCAUUAGAGUCUGGGAUAUGGCCUCCAAAAAGUAAAAAGGGAAUGAGAGUGCAGCCCAUCCUUAUAUAUCCUUAGUGAAAAGAAUGUCAUGCAGUUUCCAAUGGAAUCUCUUCCUCAGCCACAACUGUUAAAACCAUGAAAAAAGCUGUUUGAUGGGUUUGUUAUACACAGGCAGCAGGAUAUAAAAAUAUUGUUCUGUUUGUUAAAAGGCUGAUCGCUAGCUCUGUUUUUAAACAAAAUAGUGAUGUUGCUACAAAGCAACAUAGGCCCUUUGUUUUAACAAACUUGUGGCCCAAACUAAUUAAUACUUCACAAUAGUAAGAAUGGGAUUUUUACAAUUAAUUCUAGAGGGUCUUGGCAUAACCAGAUGGUAUGUGGUCGUGGCUGUAUAUUAAAGUAGAAGAGCGCCCCCUGCUGUACGACACUCAGGCUUCAGGUGCCAACUUUUAACACUACUUUCUUGAUGCAAGUAUUGAUCUUGUUGUGUGGUCAAAGGCUUUCAUGGCUGGAAUCAUUGGGUUGCUGUGAGUUUUCCAGGCUGUAUGGCCAUGUUCCAGGUGCAUUCUUUCCUGAGGUUUUGCCAUGUCUAUGGCAGGCAUCCACAGGGGUUGCGAGGUCUUUUGGAAACUAGGCAAGUGGGGUUUGUAUAAUUGUGGGAUGUCCCGGGGUGGGAGAAAGAACUCUUGUCUGCCUGAGGCAAGUAUGAAUGUUGCAGUUGAUCACCUUGAUGAGCAUUGAAUGGCCUUGCAGCGUCAAGUUUUGGCUGCUUACUGCCUGAGGCAACCCUUUGUCAGAAGGUGUUAGCUGGCCCUGAUUGAUUCAUGUCUGGAAUUCCUCUGUUUUUGAGUGUUUUUCUUUAUUUACUGUCCUGAUUUUAGAGGGGUUUUUAAGCUUAAAGGCUAUUCAAUGCCAAUCAAGGUGGCCAGUUGAAACAUUCACACCUGCCCCCAACAGACAAGAGUUCUUUCUCCCACCCUGAACAUCCCACAGAUAUUACAAUAAGCAAUAAAAGGAAUGAUCAGAGAUUACAUGCAAUAAAGAUUGAUAUUGGAACAGCCCUGGACUUUGAUUUUUGGAUUCUGUGAUUUUAAUGUUUAAAUUAAUAUGUUUUAACUCUAUGUUUUAAUGUUAAUGUUAAAACAUUUUUUAUGAUUCAAUCAAUUGUUGUAUUUUAUUGCUGUGUAGGCACUGAAUUUUGUCAUAAUAUGUUUGGGAAUUGUGUUGAGUCCCCCAUCCGGAGUGAGAAAAGCAGUAUAAAGUGAAGUGUGUGUGUGUGUGUGUGUGUGUACACACACACACACACACACACACACACACACACACACACACACACACACUUGACUAGUUUCCAACAUCUCAUUACCUCUGAGGAUACUUACCAUAGAUGCAGGUGAAACGUCAGGAAAGAAUGCUUCUGGAACAUGGCCAUACAGCCCAAAAAACUCACAGCAACCUAUGGAUCCUAUUCUCAAUAGAAAUAUUGAUAAUAGCUAGCAACUGGAGUGUGAGCAAACUGCUGCUUAUUUUAAAAAGUAAAAUCGAAAACAAAGAAAGGACAACAAGAAGAAAAAGAAUGUGGUACACACAUGCCCUUGCAUAUUUUAUAUAUAAUCUAUUUGUUUUGAGAGCAUCAGUGAUACACACCUUUCUUUUGCCAUGAAUGUAUGUAUAUGGUUAUUACAGAUGUGAAAUAUCAAAAGUGAUUUUUUAAAUAUAUAUAUAUCUGUACAUAGUAUCAUCUUUCCUUUUCAUUGUAAGCAACCUGAUGAACCUGAUAUGCCAUUUUAUAAAUAGAGUGAAAUGUAAAGUAGGGGAGGGACGGGACGGGAGGGACAGGGCUGUUAUUUUUAUAGCAAGAUGUUCCUUGUACCUAGUGAGCAUUUUACAAUGAUUUUUGUACUUGUCAAACUAUACAUUCCAUCCAUUUCCUGAAAAUAUUUAUUUUUUAUUUAAAGUAGUUUUUAAAUCAAAAAAACAAAGAAGAACAUCUGUUUGAUAAGAAGAUUUUUCAAAACACCAAAGGUAUUUGGAUUAUAGAAACAGCUCCAAAGUUCUCACCUUGCUGUAUCAUGUAGCAGAACUGCAUUAACCAUACCAGCACAUGCCAAUAAUUCUUCCCCUUUUUUUAAAAAAAUAGAAAAAUAAAAGUGUGUAUUCCUUUUACAUCUUGAAAUGUACGCAGUUACAUUUAAAUGACUUCCAGUCACAAAAUAAUGUUUUAUGAAAGGAGACUCUCAAAUUGGUUCAUUAUUCUGUUCCUAGUUGCUGAAUUUAAGGUGUGCUCAAACAAAUUAUGUUGAGGGAGGAAGCUGCUUUGGAUGGACACUCACGUUGCAUUAUUGAGGAUCAUGGUCACGUGAAAGUUCCUCCAGAGAAAAACUGGUACAUUCUUUUUGCAACAUUGGCUAGCUUUCUGUGAUACCACGAAUCCACUUCCCCUUCCAUCUCUCGAGCAGUUCUUUCUUUACAAUUUUCCUAUGGCAUUGAAUGACGACUCAAAUGAAUACAUAUGCACUGUUCUUAAACAUUGUUUGUAAAUUGUUGGGGUUGGGGAGCAAUUAAAAGAUAGAUAUUAACUUGUCAUUACAGACAAUAUUUGCUUGUGUUGUCGAAGGCUUUAAUUGUCGGAAUCACUGGGUUGCUGUGAGUUUUUUGAGCUGUAUGGCCAUGUUCCAGAAGCAUACUCUCCUGACGUUUCGCCCACACCUGUGGCAGCCAUUCUCAGAGGUUGAGGGGUCUGAAACAUGGCCAUACAGGCUGGAAAACUCACACCAACGUAGCAUUGAAUCGUCUUGCAGCUUCAAAACCUGGCUGCUUCCUGCCUGGGAGAAUUCUUUGUUGGGAUUCCAGGCAGGAAACAAUCAGGGCCAGCUAACAGCUCUCAACAAAAGAUUACCCCAGACAGAAGCAGCCAGGCUUUGAAGCUGCAAGGCUAUUCAAUACAAACCAAGGUGCCCAAUUGCAACAUUCACACUUGCCUCAAACUGAGUUAUUUCUCUCACCCUGGGCAUUCCAUAGAUAUACAAGCCCCACUUACCUAGUUUCCAACAGACCUCACAACCUCUGAGGAUGCCUGCCAUAGAUGUGGGCAAAACAGCAGGAGAGAAUGCUUCUACAGCAUGGCCAUACAGCCCAGAAAACUCACAGCAACCCAAUAUUUGCUUGAAUUAUUGGUUAGCACUAAUAAUCAAUAUGAGAAGUAAAAAAAGUCAUCAUUCACCAUGAAAGCCCUACAGAAACAAGACAUACCUUUUUGGAGUAAGCACCUUUUACAGGUAGUUGAAGGCUCGUCCCCUUUUAUCUCUCAUUCCAACAUUGGAAUGUUGUAAUUCACCAUGCUUCUACAACCUGUUCUUAAUCUUCCAGAUCUCAUCUUUAUUAACAUAAUGAGAAGAAAAACUAUCAACAUUGGCAUUGUCAUCUGCAUAGGCCUUUUAAAAAAAACUUUUCCUCCCCUUUGGUGAGUUGUCUGCUUAUGCAAUGCCGCAGUAGUUUGUGGGGAAAAAACAAUAUUUCCCGAGCAUUGUGUAAAGUACUGCAAAUGCAUUUCAAGCUGCGGGUCUAAUUGCUGUUGCUUUAUUCUUUAUCCUUGGAUCUCUCACCCUUCCUUCAAAUGCACUUUAUAUCAUUUGCAAAAUGUCAAGAGUCAGGCAACAGUCAUCAAGGGAUUUGUAUGACAUCAAGAGGCACACGCCAUUGAUAUUUGAGUUUUUCCCCAUUUUAUUUUUUGCUUUAAUGUGUUCUAUCUGCUUUAUAGCUGGGAGUCGGGUGUAGAUUCAGAAAUGCUAAGGUUGACAUUGGGAAACUUCAUUCAGUAGCUCAACAUUGCUAUUUUUGUUAUAUAGAGGACUAUAAUGUACAUAUGUGAUACUGUGUUAUUCUGUAUUAGUAAAAAAUAUUGCAACUGUAAAAGUUUAAAAGAUUGUGAAUUCCAAGGAAUUUUAUUGCAAGUUUUUUUUUAAAAAAAAGAAUAAACAAUGAACUGAU